UAUUCAUAGAUGCCCUCAGAUACUGCUCCUGUUGCUGUUUAUAGCAUAUGCUGUCAGAUAUUCCAUCUGCCAUAUAUUGAUCAUGUGGAUGUAUUUUGGGUGGUUGGGUGUGUGCUAUUAAGGCAUUCAUUAGUAAAGAACUGGGGAAGUGUCACGACAGCUAGCUAACCUACCUCUGACUCCUCACAGAUACCUGUAGUCAUCACAGAUAGCCGAAGCGUGGAAAUCUAGUCCAGGUGGUGGGAUUGUACCCUUGACCACUACGACCUUCUUAGACAAAGAGACGUAAGCUAAGAACUUUGUUUUCGUUGGCUCCAGUCGCUGGUUGAAGUCUCUGAAAGGCUCUUUUCUCUGAUGCUGAGUCGGUGUCGUGUUUGAUUUAAACAACAAGUCUCUGGAACUAAGAGAUCAAGUCUCUUGGAGAGAGAAAGAGAAGAACAUGGGCGUCGCUAACUCUAGGGACCACCAUCCAUACCACCCCUCACAGUCUCCCAUCAAGGUGGUGCUGAAAAGACGCAACGAGCCCCUGAAGAAGGAGCGUCCUAAAUGGAAGAAUGAGUACCCUAUGACGGAGGGCCAGCUGAGGAGUAAGAGGGAUGAGUUUUGGGAAACAGCCCCAGCCUUCGAUGGCAGGAAGGAGAUUUGGGACGCGCUCCGAGCGGCAGCAGUGGCCGCAGAGCUCAACGACGUGGAACUGGCUCAGGCCAUAGUGGACAGAGCCUGCAUCACACUACCACACGGUACUCUGACAGAGAGUUAUGAUGAACUGGGGAACCACUAUCAGCUUCCUGCUUACACUCUAACCCCUCCCGCCAAUCUCAUCACUGAACGCACCAAUGACAGCGAAGCUCCAGAUCAAAAGGAGCAGAAAAAGCCUCCCACCUUUCCCAAAGAGGAGUUCCAGCUGCGAGUUCGCCUCUCAUGCGGUAAGGACCUCCGUAUAAGCGCCUCCAUGUCAAACUCCAUUUCCCAGCUGAAGAGAGUCCUGGAGGGGCAGGAGGACAUCGAAGCGGCCCACCAACGCUGGUUCUUUGCAGGGAAACUGCUCACAGACAAGACCCGACUCCAGGACACCAAGAUACAGAAAGACUUUGUGGUCCAGGUCAUCGUCAACAACUACUCACCAGUUACCAGACUCUUACAAUCAAACUGAGGAGAGAGAGAGAAAUGGAGAAAGAGGAGAAGGAUGGAUGGGAGAGUAGGAGGAAAGGAUUGAGAUGAAAGGGGGACGCAGAGAGGGGUGGCGAAAGACUGGGAUGGAGUGCAGGCAGAGAAGGAUGGGAAAAUGUUGGUCAAGGCCUUGUUUCUCUCCUCUGGAAGUUCAAGCACACCAGGAUCAUGUUCAUUAGUGCACACCGUAGGAAAACGUAGCGAAACAUUUUGCAAUAAAAACAAACGUUUGUUAUUGGUCAUGUUCAGAUGGUCCGAAACGUGGAAAGACUACUUUCUUCCAUUUCCCGCCUAGCGGACAGGACACUGAACUGUUGGUUGCGGCAAUGGAAUUUUGUGUAUAAAAUGUUGUAAUUAGUUUAUGUUUGCUUUUGUAUUUCUUAUCCUCUUUUUGUAUUUCCCAAUAUUUUCCUAAUGAGCCCACAUUGUUACUGACUAAAAAUAGACCAAUUCUGCAUAGCCUGGCAAAGCACUGACAAACUGUUGACUGAUCUGGAAGAGAAUCAUGGCAUAUGAUGUAGCUCAGUUAAUGUAGCUCAUAUGUAGUGCAUAUGAUGUAGCUCAGUUGGUAGAGCAUGGCUGUUGCAACGCCAGGGUUGUGGGUUCGUUUCCCACGGGGGGCCAGUAUG